AUGCAACUUAGAGAAAGGUUUAAACUGUUUAAAGGAAUACAAAUGGCUUGUGAAGAUUUUAGUAUACUUAUUCCUCAAACAUUAGUAGAAAUGUCUGAAGAACUUUUAAUAAAAUCAGCGUAUGACUUUACCAUUAAAUACAAAGAUGAUAUAAGUUCAGAUUUUACAAGACAAAUCAUCUCUUUAAAAGCAUAUUUAUCAUCAACUUAUCAAGAAAACUCACUUCAAAAAAUGACUGUUCAAAAUUUAGGAGAUAUCAUUAUCAAAGAUGACUUAACUUCCAUACUUCCAGAUGUUUUUACUGGUAUAAUCAUUUUUAUGACUAUACCAGUAACAUCUGCUUCAGCAGAAAGGUCAUUCUCAAAGUUAAAACUUAUUAAAAACUAUUUGCGCAACUCUAUAGGUCAAGACCGGUUAUCUAACAUCGCUAUUCUGAACAUUGAAAGACUUCAAGCAGAAAAUAUUAAUAUAGACAAAAUCAUUGAAGACUUUGCAAAUUUAAAAGCAAGAAAAAAGAAUUUUCUUCGAUAG